AUGGUUGGAAGACCCAAGAAAUCAGAACAAAAAACAACCGCCGAAGAUCAAAUUUCAGUUAGUCGUAGCGGUAGAAAAAUUAUUAGACCAGGUGAAACCCCACAACAAGAAGCACCAAUAAGCAAUAAUAAAAAGAAAACAAAUAAGGCUAAAGACAGUGAUGAUGAGGAACAAGAAAACCCAAAAAUUACAACAAGAAAAACAGCUACCCCAAAAAAACCUACCCCAAAAAAAAGUAAUAAAAAACAACAACAAAAGGAAAUUAGUAGCGAUGAAGAGGUUAUAGAGGAAGUUGAGGAAGAAGAAGAAGAAGAGGAAGUUGUUCAAGUUAAACCAAAAGUUUCAAAAAGAAAAGGUAAAGGAGCCUCUUCAGCUGAAUCAUCAUCAUCAACAUCUGGCUCAAAUAGUGCAACCAAAAAGUAUACAGCAACUGAAUUACAAAUAAUUCAAUCAGAAAAUAGAAUGGUUUAUAUCAAGUUCUUUAUUUUUUCAUUUUUAAUGGUUUUAGUCCCAAUUAUUGCUUUCAAACUUGUCAAUGGUAUGAUUGGCGAUUAUUUGGGUAUCAACAGACAAGAUAGAGUUUCAUACGCCGGUUUUGCUUCGCUAGGUGGUUUGGUUUCGGUUGUUGCUGCAUACUGUAUAAUGGCAUAUUAUGAAAAAUAG